UGAGCAGUGUUCAUCCUUAAAUGUCACACCAUAAUAGAGGCAUAAACUCAAGAAAACAGCAGUAAAACACAGCCAACAGUGAAAAUUGUAUGGUUUAUUUUUUAUUUACUGACCCGUAGCUGUUUAAAAUACAGUCCUCACAGCUGAGAUGGCCAUUCAUGGUAAAACAGAGAGAAAAAAUGUAAAGUACAAACCCUGUACUGCUAUAAUGCUGUAAGAUGUUAGUACACCAGCAUAUUAAUGUGACCACUGAAUCAGUGAUAUUUCUGGCACAAAUAUUAUUUUCACACAUUUUUACCAUUAUAGUACAUUGAAAACAUCCCAGAAAUGUUGAAAAAAAACCCCCCACCAAAUCACAGAUACAGAUAUUCUUUCACCAAAUAUGUAAUCGACUAACAGUACAAAUAUGGUAUUAACAUCAAUGAAUAAUCAAAAGAUGUUUUAAAAAAUAUUUUUAACAACAUUAUUUUUGCUUCACUCUCUUUACCAGAAAACACUGAACGAAAUGUUUGGUUGAGUGUGUUUUCAUAAACUUGUAUUUUUUGUCUAAAGGUCCAUGACUGUGUGAAAUUUAACACCUCCCGCAAAGCGCUCCUGUCUGCAGGCUGACGUUCUGUUUACAGUCACAGCGUCACCUGCUGGAUAAUUUAGUCAGAACAAAGCUGAACUGACCAGGUAUAGAUAGCUCAGUCAAAACGAGUUCACUUCAGUCAGGAACAGAGACUAAGAGUGAGCUCCUACAGACAGCUUAGCAGGAUAUUUUCAAGGCAAAAUGCUAUCAGAGAUGGACUGAAGCACAGUAUUUGUCAGAUAAAAACAUGAUUAUCGUUCUGAAAUUAAUUCAGACUGAUGGACUUUGCAAUGAAGCCAUCAGCUAAAUGCUGACUUGGCGUCAUGUGAAGGAACCACCGUUGAUCUUGUUCUUUUAGUGUUUCUACCAAUGAGCAGAUCAAGGAACUGUUUAUGUUAGAUUUACUGAUUAUGUCCUGCAGCUACUUCCUGUUCUUUGUAGUAACUGCGUCCCUGAUUUCAGCCUGUUUGAGUCCGUCUAUAAGCAGAUUAACGUAUCGUGCACAAAACAAGAUAACUUGAUGAGUUAAUCCUGAAAUGUGACUUUGAAGGAAGUAAAGCAGCUCUUCAGAGUAAAUCUGCCAGGGCUUAAUGAGCGUAUAUAAGGACAAGGACGUCCUCUGGUGUCUCAGAAACUUGGGGCCACUAUGGGGAAAAACUUCCACCUGUAUGAGAACAUCUCGAAGGUGAGUCCCUUUGAGGGGCCCCAGUACCACCUGGCUCCUCAGUGGGUGUUUUACCUGCAGACCAUCUUCAUGGGCUUUGUCCUGUUUGCUGGGACAUUGGUGAACUUCAUUGUCCUCUUUGUAACGCUCAAGUACAAGAAGCUGCGUGUCCCUCUGAACUACAUCCUAGUCAACAUUUCCGUAGCUGGCUUCGUCUUUGUCACCUUCUCCGUCAGCCAGGUGUUCGUCUCCACCCUGAAGGGAUACUUCUUCCUGGGUCACACCAUGUGUGCCCUCGAGUCCGCCAUGGGCUCCAUUGCAGCACUGGUGACGGCCUGGUCUUUGGCAGUCCUGUCCUUUGAGAGGUACCUGGUGAUCUGUAAACCGUUUGGAGCCUUUAAGUUCGGCAGUAACCACGCUCUGGCAGCAGUCGCCUUCACCUGGUUCAUGGGGAUCAGCUGUGCCACGCCUCCUUUUUUCGGCUGGAGCAGGUACAUCCCGGAGGGUCUGGGCUGCUCCUGCGGACCUGACUGGUACACUCACAAUGAGGACUUCCACUGCAGCAGCUACACCAACUUCCUCAUGGUGACGUGCUUCAUCGCUCCGCUCAGCAUCAUCAUCUUCUCCUACUCCCAGCUGCUGGGCGCCCUGAGAGCGGUAGCAGCCCAGCAGACAGAGUCAGCCUCCACCCAGAAGGCGGAGAAGGAGGUGUCACGGAUGAUUGUGGUCAUGGUGGGUUCCUACGUCACCUGUUACGGUCCGUAUGCCCUCGCUGCUCUCUACUUCGCCUACUCGUCAGACCAGGACAAGGACUACCGACUCGUCACCAUCCCGGCCUUCUUCUCCAAGAGCUCCUGCGUCUACAACCCGCUGAUCUACGCCUUCAUGAACAAACAGUUUCAUGGCUGCAUCAUGGAGACGGUGUUUGGGAAAAAAAUGGAUGAAUCCUCGGAAGUGUCCUCAAAGACUGAAGUGUCCACAGUGUCCACAGCAUCUUAG